GAUUGGUCGGCGGUGUGCGCGUCCCCGUCGUCUCCUCCCGGUUUCCCUGGCAUGACCUUUUCCCUUGGCAACCACUUCCUCUGAGCAUCAACGGCCAUCUUUAAUUGUAACUCAUUCAUGAAAAAGUUGUUGUCGAGCGCAUAAAAAAGAGCAAGCCGACCCGUUUGCGCGCGAAGCGGCGUCGACGGCGCUGUUUGCGUGCAGCUCGCUGCGACUCGCACAAAGCAGAGGCAGAAGCAGAAGCAGAAGCAAGCCAAGCAGCACCGCGGAAGACAGUCCGCAGAGAAUAAGUAAACACCGAGAGCGAUGAGAAAGAAGCAGACUGCCAAACAGAGGAAGACUGAGGAGACUACAGAAGUCCAAGAGUUUGUGGUGGAGAAAAUAAUUCGGCGGAGAAUCUUUAAUGGCAGAGUGGAGUACUUCCUGAAGUGGAAAGGCUUCACCGAUGCAGAAAACACGUGGGAGCCUGAGGACAACUUGGACUGUCCCGGGCUCAUUGAGGAGUUUCUGAGAGACGCCCAUCUAUCCAGGGAGGUUGAAGAGGAGCAAAGCGAGCAGGAGUUCAUUCCCAAAGAAGAAAUGGCAAAGCAGGAGACGGAAAUCUCCCAUGUGACGCCUCAGGAGCAGAAUAGCGGUGUCCUAAAGCCAGAUGAUGAGGAAUCCGGCGCCCCCACUGACCUCAGCACUUACCUCGAACCUGAAUGCAUCAUCGGCUCCACAGACCGAAAGGGAGAGCUCAUGUUCUUAGUCAAAUGGAAGAACUCCGACGAGGUCGCCCUGAUGUCGGCUCGCGAAGCAAGUGCCAGAUGUCCCCAGGUGGUCAUUGACUUCUACGAGCAGAAGCUGACCUGGCACUGUGGAGAGGGCGAGCAGUAAAUAUAUAUAUA